UUGGUGAAUCACGAAAUGGCGACCAUUUCGGAGUUAUUGCGUAGAAACUAGAAGCUAUUUCUCUUUUAAUCUGCUAAAUUUCGUAUUUUUGUAGAUAUCAUUUGAUAAGUUUUACGUAAAAAGCAUUAAACUAAUAAUUUUGAAAUCGCGCCAUAAUUUACUUUUUUCAUUUGACUUUUUUUAUUUCGCCCUCUUUUUUUUAAUUAAAAAAAAACAAACGCCAAAGGAAAUUCAUUUUUGAACUUAUAGGCGAAAAUUAAAGUGAACACAUACUGUUAAAUACCAGGAUAAUUCCGCUACAAUUAUGGCAGAUGAGGAGAGAUUUGUUAAUGUCGUGCCGUAUAGUAAAAUAAAGCAAGAAAUAAUUGUAAACGAUGAAGAUGAUGUGGUCAAUUGUCGCCUAUGCGGAAAAGGUUUUGUAAGUCAAAUAGCACUGACAAACCACGCUCGAAUGGAGCACAUAGAUUCUUACGCAACUGGUGAUCCAAGUAUAUGGACGGAAACAAAGAUAUUCAUCAACAAUGAAAAGCCCAUACCAAAUGGGAAGAUGAAAAUCGACGAGGACCUUGUUAAAAUUAAAACUGAAGAAGUUAUAUCCUCGUUAGAGCCGACCAACAUAAUGGACCUGGCCUCUAAAGACGUCAGCUACAUAAUCCUGAAGGCGGACGGAACUCAACCCAAGAAGAAGAAACCUGAAGCCAAGAGUGAGAAAGUGCAGAAGAUAGCAUCAAGGAGAAACAGAGAAACGAAAGUUAUUACAGGCCCAUUCGAAUGUCUUCAACCGUCUACGUGCCAGCAGCUGACCGGCGGCGAUGGUCUCUGUCAUCAGAUCUUCUUCUCGUGUUGUGAAUAUUCUCUGCACCACCGAGACGAGCACACUAAGAGGCGGAAAGGAAUUCGCUGUCAAGUCUGCGAGAAACCAAUGUCUGUAGAUGCUGUACAGUUUCCUUUCAACUGUGAGACAUGCGGCGAAGGCUUCCACGAUGAGAACGAAUAUAUAACUCACACCGCUAUAGGGCAUGUGAAACUGAAGCCGUUUGAAUGUAAUAUAUGUCAUAAAAGAUUCACUCAACAGGGUGGCCUCAUGCAACACAUGAGGAUGCAUACGGGUGACCGUCCCUACCCGUGCAAUUACUGCCCAAAAUCCUUCACCCAGAAGUCCGGACUGGACCAGCACCUCCGGAUUCACACUAAAGUGAAGCCAUAUCGCUGCGUCAUCUGCUCGAAGACGUUCUGCCAAUCGGUCCACUUGAAGCAACACAUGAGAACGCACACAAACGUGGCCCCGUUCCAAUGUGGCAUCUGCGAGAAACGCUACAAGCAGAGCAGCCAUUUAAAUUAUCACCUGAAGAACCACAAUCCGGCCAAUCUGACCGAGGAACAACGUGCUAAAUACGCUGAACUCAUCGGACUGAUAAGCAAGGAAGUUGUCGAAGUCCAAAUCGAUUCAAACGAACAGAUAUUGCCCUAUGAUAAUUCUAACAUGGUCACCGACGAGCAAUUCGUGCAAACUUGGGCGGAGCAGAAUUGUCAGAGUUGAGUGUGAAUUUAGUGUGCUGAUUGUGAAUAUAUAGGAACUAUCUGUAUAUAGGAGAUUGGACCACCAUCUUUAGAAAGUGUACAUUUUUUAUGCUAACAUAAUACAGAUAAAAAAAAAUCCUACUUAAGCUGUUUGCCUCUCAAGGCUAUUUCAGCUUCUCCUUGAUGUGUAGGUGA